AGGAAAGGAGUACGGUUAUGUUGUAACAGUAUAGUGCGGCUCUUGCGCGCGGACAGCGUUUAAAGAGACUGUGGGGGAGUUCGACCGAUCGACGAGUCUUUUUUCCCCCCGGUCCGGCCGGGAGACAGUCUUUAGCCGGGGGACCGUCUGUAGUCGGGAGAACGUCUGUAGUGGGAAAGCCCUCGAAAGAUGAUGUGGAAUUGGAAGAUUCUGUUUGCGCGCGUGAGCUGCGCCGGCUUUCUUCUGUUUUGGAUUACAGUGGGAACGACUGUAGUACACGUAGUUGGCUCUCAGCAAGGAAUUCCUUUAUCAGUUGUAAAGCUCUGGGCCUCUGCAUUUGGUGGAGAGAUUAAAUCCAUCUCUGCAAAAUACUCAGGGUCCCAGCUGUUGCAAAAGAAAUACAAAGAAUUUGAGAAGUCUGUCAGGGUGGAGGAAAUUGAUGGCGUUAAACUGGUGAAAACCUUGGCGCAGAGGAUGGAAGAAAUGUUUCGGAGAAAAGCGGAGGCGACGCGGCGUCUUGUGGAGGCUGCAGAAGAGGCUCAUCUGCAGCAUGAGGAGAACCCAGACCUGCAGUACGAGUACUUCAACGCAGUGCUGAUCAACGAGGUGGACAACGAAGGGAACAGUGUGGAGCUGGGAGGAGAGUUCCUCCUGGAGCCCAACGACCACUUCAACAACCUGUCAGUCAACCUCAGCCUCAGUGUGGUCCAGGUGCCCACCAACAUGUACAACAAAGAUCCUGACAUUGUAAAUGGAGUGUAGUCUGAAGCCCUGAACAAAGUGUUUGUGGACAACUUUGAGAGAGACCCAUCACUUAUAUGGCAAUACUUUGGCAGUGCCAAGGGCUUCUUCAGACAGUACCCCGGUGAGAUUGAAGUGGUCAAAUGGCAUCCGGACGAGCACGGGGUGAUCGCCUUCGACUGCAGGAACAGGAAAUGGUACAUCCAGGCGGCGACCUCGCCCAAGGACGUGGUGAUCCUGGUGGACGUGAGCGGCAGCAUGAAGGGCCUGAGGCUGACCAUCGCCCGGCAGACCGUCUCCUCCAUCCUGGACACGCUGGGCGACGACGACUUCUUCAACAUCCUCGCUUACAAUCAGGAGAUCCGCUACGUGGAACCUUGUCUUAAUGGAACCUUGGUACGAGCUGACAGAACCAACAAAGACCAUUUCCGCGAGCAUCUGGAUAAGCUGUUUGCCAAGGGGAUCGGUUUACUGGGCGAUGCGCUGGCAGAGGCGUUCACCAUUCUGCGGGAGUUCAACCAGACAGGCCGGGGCAGUGUGUGUAGUCAGGCCAUCAUGCUGGUGACGGAUGGAGCCACGAAGAUGUAUGAUGAGGUGUUCGCCAAGUACAACUGGCCUGACAGGAAGGUGCGCAUAUUCCCUUACCUGAUUGGGCGAGAAUCGGCCUUCGCUGAUAACCUCAAAUGGAUGGCCUGUGCCAACAAAGGCUACUUCAGUCAGAUCUCCACCCUGGCUGACGUGCAGGAGAACGUGAUGAGGUACCUUCAUGUCAUGAGUCGGCCCAAAGUCAUCGACCAUGAGCAUGACACUGUCUGGACAGAAGCCUACAUAGACAGCACUCUACGAGACAAGAACCAACCCAGUUUGAUGACUACAGUGGCCAUGCCUGUGUUCAGCACCAGGAAUGAGACGAAGAACCAAGGUAUUCUGCUAGGGGUCGUGGGCACAGACAUCCCCCUCCAAGAACUGAUGAAGAUCAUCCCAAAACACAUGCUGGGGAUCCAUGGAUAUGCGUUUGCCAUCACUAACAACGGCUACAUCCUCACCCACCCGGACCUGAGGCCUCUGUACCAGCAGGGCCAGAAGAGAAGGAAGCCGAACUACAGCAGCGUGGACCUGUCUGAGGUGGAGUGGGAGGACAAGGACGACUUUUUGCGGAGCGCCAUGGUGAACAGGAAGACCGGAACCUUCUCCAUGGAGGUGAAGAAGACCGUGGACAAGGGGAAACGCGUGCUGAAAAUGCACAACGAUUACUACUACACUGACAUCAAAGGGACGCCGUUCAGUGUUGGUGUGGCUCUGUCCAGAGGACAUGGCAAAUACUUCUUCAGGGGAAACGUGUCUGUAGAGGCAGGACUCCAUGACCUAGAACAGCCAGAUGUCGCCCUGGCAGAUGAAUGGACUUACUGCAACACAGAUGAGCAGCAUGAGCACCGCUACCUCACCCAGAUCCAGGCCAUCAAACUCUACCUGACGGGUCGUAGGCCUCAUCUCAAAUGUGACAGAGAGCUGAUACAGGAAGUGUUGUUUGACGCUGUGGUCACAGCCCCUCUGGAGGCCUACUGGACUGGACUGGCCCUCAACAAGUCUGAGAACUCAGACAAAGGGGUAGAGAUCGCCUACCUGGGAACACGCACUGGACUGUCCAGGACCAACCUGUUUGUUGUCCCAGAGCACCUGUCCAAUCAGGACUUCCUGACAGCUGAGGACAAAGAGGGGGUGUUCAAUGCGGACCACUUCCCUCUGUGGUACAAACGAGCAGCGGAACAGGUUCCUGGAACCUUCGUGUACUCCAUCCCCUUUGGCUCAGCGUCAGAGAAUAAGAGUGUUGUUCUGGCCAGCACUGCCAUCCAGCUACUGGAUGACAGAAAGUCCCCCAUCGUUGCUGCUGUGGGGAUCCAAAUGAAGUUGGAAUUCUUCCAAAGAAAAUUCUGGACUGCCAGUCGACAGUGUGCUGCUCUGGAUGGAAAAUGCACCAUCAGUUGUGAUAGUGAGGAUAUCAAGUGUUACCUCAUCGACAACAAUGGCUUCAUCCUGGUCACGGAAGACUACUCCCAGACAGGACUCUUCUUUGGCGAAGUGGAGGGAGCUGUGAUGAACAAGCUUCUUCUGAUGGGCUCCUUCAAAAGGAUCACACUGUAUGACUACCAGGCUGUGUGUAAAGAUUAUUCCGGGAGUAGCGACAGUGCUCGUACUUUAUCAGACCCUUUCACUGUUGUGAAAUGGUUCCUGACUGAACUGGUCAUUUUUCUACUGGAGUUUAACCUGUACAGCUGGUGGAACGUUGAUCUCACUGUGAAAGCCCAGAGGUCCCGGGGGAAGACCAUGAUGGUUCCAUGUGACACAGAGUACCCUGCCUUCGUAUCGGAGCGCACCAUCAAGGAGACCACCGGCACCAUCGAGUGUGAGAGCUGCUCCAGGUCGUUUGUUAUUCAGCAGAUUCCCAGCAGUAACCUCUUCAUGGUUGUUGUGGACAACAAGUGCGAAUGUAGUUCUGCCCCGGUCGUCAGCAUGGAGCCCAUUGAGAUCAUGUAUAUCGAGUCCUUGAAAUGUGAUAGACUGAAGUUUCAGAAGGACAGAAAAAGGCCUGAGUCAUGUCAUCCUUUCCACCCAGAGGAGAAUGCCAUGGAGUGUGGGUCAGCUACCGGCAUUGCUGCCCCACUCACAGCAGCGCUGCUGCCCCUAGUGGCCACUCUUCUUACUACGUGACCUGAAGAUCUGAGCAUCCCUGGACCCAACACUGGAGACAAGCAGACACCAGCCAAAAAUACAGUGUAACUCCAGAGGCCGACAAUAUAUAAGGAACUGAUUCUAUUCAUUUACAAAAGGGGGGGUAUCAUGGCCAAUCAGAGUUCGCUUUGCUUACCGCCAAAAGAGAUACUAGCCAAUUAGAAUGCACUGAUUAUGUAGUGGUGUGCCAAACCAGUCUUAGGUUGGGCUACUUUAAUAACCAUGAAAAAUGCACUGUGAACGCAAAAACAAAAAUCUCAGAUUAUAACCAGUGAGCUGCAGCACAGAACGUUUCUUCUAGGUACAGAGUACAAAAAAAAUAGACUGUAGUCAGACAAAGAUAUAAAACUGUCUAAAAUAGCAGCUGAAUGACUAGUUUCUAUAAUCAGCAAUACGUUGCCAGAAACAGUGACACAUUGCUGUGAGAUCUGCCAGUUUCUGAGGUAAAUAUUUUUGAAUUUAUCUUUAAGAAUCGCAUUCUGUGAUUGUGUCUUUGACAGGGAUAACGUCAAAUAUCCCAGGUAAACAAACAAGGUAAAUAUUAAAGUUGUUUUAUUCUGCCUGCUUCUCAUUUUUACAGCAGCUGACGUUUCAUACAAAGAAAAAUAUGCAUGAAAAAAAGAAAAGAAAACAACGAACAGUACGUUCUGUAGCGCGAGAAGACUCUCGAGCGAGAGAAGACUCCGCUGUGCUGGCUGCCAUAUGAAAAUGAUGAAUAAUUGCUUGUUUUGAAGAAUGUUACUGUGUACACUACCAUCAACGUUUAUGUUGGCGCCCAAUUCCCUAAUCCUAUCUUUGACAAAGCUGUUCAAUAAACACAAAUAAUUAUUUUCCAUCAUCUGUCCCUCAUCUCUG